AUGAAGCGCAAACUCAACCAAGACGACGAGCCACCACAGCGCCGAUGCGGCCGCCGUUGCCGAACCAGAAAAGAAAAAGGAAAAAAAGGAAAAGAAAGAAAAGAAGGCGGUCGAGGAAGAAAAAGAGCUGACUUCGCCGAGCUGGGACUAGAUCCCAGAUUGGUCCAGGCGGUUGCGAAGCUCGGGUUUGAGAAGCCGACCUUGGUGCAGAGGAGAGCGAUCCCCCUUGCGCUCAAUGGGGAGGAUGUUCUCUGCAAGGCCAAGACGGGGAGUGGGAAGACGGCGGCGUAUGUGCUGCCUGUGUUGCAGGGGAUUUUGGGGAGGAAGAAGACCGAUAACACACCCACCACGGCGGGCCUGAUCCUCGUACCGACGCGCGAACUCGCCGACCAAGUCCACAAGGCGAUCGAGGAGUUUUCGGCCUUUUGCGCAAAGGAUGUGACGGCGGCGAAGCUGACGGAGAAUGUUUCUGAUGCUGUUCAGAGGAGCUUGUUGGCCAACGUGCCGGAUGUGGUUGUUUCCACGCCUGCCCGGGCGUGGAAGAGUGUCGACUCGGGCGCGCUUUCGGUCGCGAAUCUUCAGUACCUUGUGCUUGACGAGGCGGAUCUUGUCUUGUCUUAUGGGUAUGAUGAGGACAUGGAGAAUCUGGCGAGGUCGAUGCCGAAGGGGGUGCAGACUACCAUGAUGUCUGCGACACUUUUGUCGGCGGAGCUGGACACGCUGAAGGGGAUUUUCUGCAGGAACCCGACGCUGCUGGAUUUGAAGGAGGAGUUUGGGGAGGAGGAUGAGAAGUUGACGCAGUAUUAUGUCAGGACCGGGGAGGAUGACAAGUGGCUGAUUACCUACUUGAUCUUUAAGCUGCAGCUGAUCAAGGGGCCUUGCUUGAUUUUUGUGGCGGAUAUCGACAGGAGUUAUCGGCUGAAGCUGUUUUUUGAGCAGUUUUCUAUCGGGGGAUAUGGGUGA